UGACCCCGUUCCAGUUCCCAUUUCCCUCACCCCGGGGUUCUGGCUCCUGAUCCCAUUCCCAGGGACAUCCCUGGAUUUCAGGGGCUGACCCCGUUCCAGUUCCCAUUUCCCUCACCCUCACCCCGGUGUUCCUGCUCCCGAUCCCAUUCCCAGGGACAUCCCCAGGUUUUGGGGGCUGACCCCGUUCCAGUUCCCAUUUCCCUCACCCUCACCCCGGUGUUCCUGCUCCCGUUCCCGUUCCCAGGAACAUCCCUGGAUUUCAGGGGCUGACCCCGUUCCAGUUCCCGUUUCCCUCACCCUCACCCCGGUGUUCCUGCUCCCGAUCCCAUUCCCAGGGACGUUCCCCAUCGGAUUUCAGGGGCUGACCCCGUUCCAGUUCCCGUUUCCCUCACCCCGGUGUUCCUGCUCCCGAUCCCGUUCCCAGGAGCGUGUCCUGGGCCAUGUUCUCCAAGAAGAAGAAGCGGGUGGAGAUCUCGGCGCCGUCCAACUUCGAGCACCGGGUGCACACGGGCUACGACCCCUCGGAGCAGCGCUUCACCGGGCUGCCCCGGCAGUGGCAGGGGCUGCUGGAGGAGUCCGCCCGCCGCCCCAAACCCCUGGUGGACCCCGGCUGCAUCACCGCCAUCCGCGGGGCACACAAGCCCAUCGUGCGCGGCUCCAAAGGGACCCAGGAUGGGGCCCCCGGGGGCCGGGACGGGACCCUGGCGUGGCUCCUGGACGAGCUGGAGGCCGUGUCCGUGUCCCGCUCCAACUCCCUGCGCCGGGACAGCCCCCCCU